AUGCAAUUGUGCACGAUCGUCCUUUUGGCUGUGCUGCUGCUUGUUGCGGUGUUUUUUGUUGAGGCUCGACCUGGAGUACGUCGUGGUGGACCCCGUCGAUCGCGAUGGGGCUCAAUGACAGCAAACGAUGUGGAAAAUUUUAAAAAGUCCCUUGGUCGAACGAAUCUCGAGCGUUUCCACAACGCUUUAGUCAGACACCGAGCCGAUAUCGAUCAGGAAAUCGAUGAACAAACGAAGGAUUUCAAUGAGAAAAUCAAGCAAGUUCGCACGAAAACCCGCUCGAAAUCGUGGCAUAAACUUGGGGACAGUGUGGCUGAGGUAAACGAGAACGUUGGCGUUGCCGAGAACCUCUACAAAGGAGAUAUGGCGUUGAUCAACGAACAAAUCGACUUGCUUCUUGGGGAAUACGUUGAUGAAAGUGAUGCGAGUGGGUCCAACAAAACAAUCGAAAACCCUAUUCACAAUCGUUUCCGUCGUCAAGCCUAUCGUCCAACAAAAUAUCCUGUCACUUUAUGGGGAAUGGGCAGCUCAACGCCGAUUUUCUAUUAUCAAUUCGAUUCCUCACUCUCGCCUGCUGCGAAACUUGUCGCCGAAAUUGCAAUUACCUACUGGCGAAACUAUACGUGUAUCAAUUUUUUGGAAUCGUCGACGGCUGUAAAUCGCACCCGUUUCUUCAAGGGAUCCGGCUGUUAUUCGUACAUCGGAAUGAUUGGCGGAGUGCAGGAUCUCUCGCUUGGGAAUGGAUGUGAGAGUGUGGGCACAGCUUUACACGAGAUCGGCCACGCGCUGGGUUUCUUCCAUACCCAAUCUCGAAACGAUCGUGACACGUAUAUCACUAUCAAUUACAACAAUAUCCCACAAGAUUGGCUAGGACAGUUCAGAAAGGAGACAACAGCGACGAAUUUCAACUACGGAAUGCCAUACGACUACGGUAGCGUGAUGCAAUAUGGCGGAGCGUCGGUGUCACCCGAUGGCUCGACAACAAUGCUUGCUAAAGCUCCUCAAUAUCAAGACACGAUGGGCUCGGAUUUCGCCUCGUUCUACGAUCUUUCCAUGAUGAAUGAACACUACAAGUGUACCGCCAAGUGCACAACUGGAGCCGUAUGUUUGAAUGGAGGGAUUCGGAAUUCGCGCAAUUGUGCCUCUUGCCUUUGCCCCUCGGGAUGGGGUGGAACCACGUGCAAUACAAGGGCAUCCGGUUGUGGAGAGACGCUGAUCGCCACGUCUACCGUGCAAUCGCUGACGAUUAGUGUCGGAGAUGGGCGAAAUGUUGAGAAUCCAAAUUUUGCCAAAUGCAAUUAUAUUAUCGCGGCUCCAACCGGGAAAAAGGUGGAAAUCGUGCUACAAACGUUGAGCAAUCAACAAUGCUUUGAGGGAUGUAUCUAUACGGGAAUUGAGAUCAAAGGGAUUUCCGAUCAUCGCUUCACUGGAAUGAGAUAUUGUUGCCCUGAUGACGCAAAGACGAAGAUCAUUUCCGAGGGAAAUCAAGUGCCAGUGAUCGCUUUCAAUCGCUUCUCCAAGAGCGCCGUCACGCUCACCUAUCGAUACGUCGAAGCAACGAUCCCUUCAACGCUGACAACGGGAAACAUUGUGGCCACAAAGCCUACUUAU